CGGACGCUGCUCGUGUAGCAGAUGCUUUUGAUGCGUGCGAUUUAUCAGUAGACAAUCGUUUAAAUUUUUUAUUCGUAGAAUAAAUAAUAAUUUCAUCUAAGACAAAAUGGAUGAGAAUGCAAUGGAAAAUACGCAGGUGGAAGAAGGUCAAGAGGCCAAUGAACCGGCUGAUCCUGUGGAAUUUGGCACGGACAAACUGCGUCGUGCCUGGAAGGCAACGCUGAGCAACAACUAUGACAUGGAGGCAUGGAGUCUCAUCAUCAGGGAUGCGCAGAACAGAAAUAUUGAGGAGACCAGAGACAUUUUUGAGAGACUCGUGUCAAUCUUCCCUACUACUGGCAAGUUCUGGAAGAUGUACAUUGAACAAGAGAUGAGAGCCUACAAUUUUGAGAUGGUUGAGAAGUUGUUCCAGAGAUGUUUAACGAAGGUUUUGAACAUCGAGCUGUGGCGUCUCUACAUCACCUACGUCAAGGAGACAAAGUCCAGCCUGCCUACUUACAGGGAGAAGUUAUCGCAGGCCUACGAGUUCGCUAUCGACAAGAUCGGCAUGGACUACAACAGCUACAGCCUCUGGAACGACUACGCGCAGCUCCUGAAGAAUGUAGAGGUCGUAGGGUCCUACGCGGAGAACCAGAAGAUCAUGGCUGUUAGGAAGAUUUACCAGCGCGGCGUGGUGACGCCCAUGUCAAACAUAGAGACGCUCUGGAAAGACUACCUCGAAUUCGAGCGCAACAUUAACCCUAUCAUCGCUGAGAAGAUGAACAUAGAGCGUGGCCGCGACUUUAUGAACGCUAAGCGCGUGGGCAAAGAAAUGGAGACCGAGACCAGGGGACUGAAUAGAAACUUGCCCAGCGUACCGCCCUCUGGCCUGCCUGAGGAGACAAAACAGGUCGAGGUUUGGAAGCGCUACAUCAGCUGGGAAAAGGACAAUCCUCUGCGCACCGACGACCAGACGCUCGUGACGAAGCGUGUGAGGUUUGCCUACGAGCAAUGCUUGCUGUGCCUCUCUCACCACCCUGACAUCUGGUACGAGGCGGCCCUCUACCUCUACGAGUCCUGCAAAGUGCUCUCCGAAAAAGGGGACGUGAACGCGAGCAAGAUAUUCAGCGAAGAAGCUGGCCAGAUCUACGAGCGCGCUAUCUCAGGACCGCUACGCAAGAACCAACUGCUGUACUUUGCGUACGCAGACUUCGAGGAGUCGCGCCUCCACUACCAAGAAGUGCACAAGAUCUACCAGCGAUACAUCAAUAUGCCUGAUGUUGACCCUACGCUUGCAUACAUCCAAUACAUGAAGUUCUCUCGCCGUGCUGAAGGCAUCAAAUCUACACGCGAAGUGUUCAAGAAAGCGCGUGAAGAUUCCCGCACUCAGUUCCAUGCUUACGCCGCAGCCGCUCUUAUGGAAUAUUAUUGCAGCAAAAAUAAGGAGAUCGCGUUCAGGAUAUUCGAGUUGGGGCUGAAGAAACAUCCUGAUAAUCCUGACUACAUCAUGUCCUAUGUGGACUAUCUGUCGCAUCUCAAUGAGGAUAACAACACUCGCGUGCUGUUCGAGCGUGUGCUGUCGUCAGGGCAGCUGAAGAACGAAGACACCGUGGGGCUGUGGAACAGGUUCCUCGAGUUCGAGUGCAACGUCGGCGACCUGGCGAGUAUCGUCAAGGUGGAGAAGCGCCGUGCGCACGUCUUGCAGAAGCUGAAAGAAUUUGAAGGCAAAGACACAGCGCAGCAGGUUGACCGCUACAAGUUUAUGAACCUCUACCCCUGCACCAACGACGAGCUAAAGGCCAUUGGGUAUCGCGACAUCAGCACCCACGUGACCAUCACCAACCCUCACAUCGCCCGAGGGCUGCUGAGCCACGAACCUAACGAGAAGGCCUUCGCUAGGCCAGACUUCUCCCAAAUGAUUCCAUACAAACCUAAGAUUAAAUAUGUUCCUGGUGAACAUCCCAUUCCAGGUGGAAGUUUCCCCCCUCCACCCACGGUGUCCAAUUUACUGUCCAUCUUGCCUCCACCGUCGUGCUUCAGAGGCCCCUUCGUGAAGGUGGAUAAUCUCAUCGAACUUAUCCUCAGGAUAAACCUGCCCGAAACUGGUGAACAAUGGAGUGGCAGUAACAAGAACAACAUUCGGCUGUUCGACCUCUCGAAGUCGGUGCAGUGGGUGACAGACUCUACCACCGGUGAAAGAAAACGCAAACUUUUGAUGACAGGUUUUAAUGGCGCGGGUGGCGGCAGCGACGAUGAAGAGGGUGACAACAGACCUAACCUUGCUAACGAUAUUUACUUGGCACGCCAGCACAAGCGGAUGAGAUAGAG